AUGACAAUUAAGCCUUCUCAUUGGUUAAAACGAGAUGAUUACAAACCAACACGUCUCAACAAGUUUCUCGCAAUUGCCGCUGAUGGCAUGGAUUUCGGUAUCUGCUCUGGCAUGGCGUACACAUACGUCAUUGGCUGCAUUGACCGUAAAUACGCCAACAGUUUCAUGAGCGCGUCUUCCGAUCAUUACUGUAAAUUAUACGACAACCAGACAUUCCAUGACACAUCUCCGUUGAAAAACUGUACGAUUCCAUACGAUGCUGAGGACGAAGCGUGGGACUCGUGUAGUCGAUAUGAUGUCAACGUUUCGAUGGGUAUAUCACCUGAACUGUGUUCACAGGAUUCUGGUACACAAGACUGUGACAAUGGAUGGGUGUAUGAUACGUCGGUAUACGAAAGAACAGUGGUACAUGAGUAUGACCUGGUUUGUGAGAAAGAUUGGAUGAAGCAGUUGUCUAAAUCGAUCGUACCGUUAGGAAACUUGGUCGGAGGGAUAAUAUUUGGACAACUUGCCGAUAUAUUUGGUAGAAAACCUCUGUUUAUCAUCGCUAUGAUGUCAUCCAUCGUUGUUGGUAUAGUAGCUGCUUUUUCACAAACGUAUGCCUUCUUUAUUGUGUGCCAGUUUUUGAUUGGCAUCUUCUCCAUCUCAAUGACCUUGAUUGGCUACGUCAUAGUCAUGGAAUUGACUGGGACAGCCUACAGAGUCACAUGUGCUGUCAUGACUGGUUUAUUUAUAUCCGUUGGUUUGCUUAUACUUGCCAUGGUCGCCCCACUUUCCAAUGGAGACUGGAGAGUUAUACAGCUUGUAGGCGGGUUGUUGUGUUUGAUGUUCAUUCCAUAUUACUGGUUACUACCCGAGUCGGUUAGGUGGUUGAUCCAAAAAGAAAAAUACGACAAAGCCGAGAAGAUUUUGCACAAAGCUGCUAAGAUGAACAAAGUAAUCCUUCCUAAUGAUUUGUUUCAAGAAGAACGAAAAAUGGCCGUGGAAAUCCCUGGAACGCUUUCAUGUUGGGUUUUGCUUGACAAGGUUGGUCGUCGUUGGUUGAUGUGUUCUUACAUGGUGCUUGGUGGAAUAGCAUUAAUCAUCAGUGUUCCUCCAGAUAAUAUCAAUGUGUCAGCUACAUGUGCUAUGAUUGGAAAGUUUUUCAUGUCCGGAUCAUGGACUAUAAUUUAUAUAUUCUCUGCGGAAAUCUACCCCACCACAGUCAGAAAUGCUGGUAUGGGUGUAUCAUCUACCUGGGCACGUGUCGGCAGUAUUAUUUCCCCGUACAUAAUGUUACUGAGCGAUAUAUGGGACCCGAUGCCUUAUCUUAUUAUGGGAAUAACGUCCAUAAUUGCCGGUUUGUUUGCCUUGCUGCUACCAGAAACAAGUCAUAAAGACCUUCCAGAAACCCUGGCAGAAGGAGAGUUAUUUGGAACGAAACACGCCAAUGAAGAAGCAGAUACUGAAAUCGAAAAGACCACUGAAAUGGAAAUCCAGUGUGACAUUGAUAUCACUGACCUUGACAAGAAUAUAUUAUUAAAUAGUUUCAUAAAUGCGAAUGAAAACGUUGGUGUCAUUAACGACAAUUUCGAAAAUAUAUUCUAG